CACCUCUCUGACGUAUCCUGCUGCUGUGACUGCGCAUGCGCCGGUUCUCUUCAAUGGUGCAUGGCGCUCAUAACAUGCUGUUAUAUGUUGGUGCAGAUGUCUGAAGUCAGCUGAUCGACCUGCUGCUCGUCACCUGUUUGAUUCCGAGUCACUGAUGCUUUAAUAGAAUGCAACGCGCCGACACAGAGAAGGAACCUGUAGUUUACCGACGGGUCGUGUUGAAGAACGCCUCGCCGUACCACUACAUGAAGGUCUGCCUCGUUCUGGAGAAUGAGUCUACCAGACUGAGUGCAGUUGAACUGAAGCAGUUCAUCAUCACAGGUCUGAACACCCUGUACGGAGAGGUGGGAGCAGCGCUGACCUUUGACCUGUUGAAGUACGAUGAAGACACCCUCACUGCUCUUCUGCGUGUUUACAGCAAGGGUUUGGUGAAGCUGUGGAGCUCCCUGACUCUGCUGGGCUCCUACCAGAACCAGGCCUGUGCCUUCAGAGUGCUGCAGGUGUCUCCGUUCCUGCUCGCGCUGACAGGAAACAGUCGAGAGCUGCAGCUGGACUGAAGGAGGAGGAGGAGGAGGAGAACCGUUCUUCAGG